AUGCCGCCCAAGAAGUCGAAUAAGAGAUCCGUGAAGUCGGUGGUGGUCUAUAACGAUGAUAAGGAUGUGCUGAAGAUCUUAGACAAAAGCAAACCCAUUGUCCUAUUGAGUGAUUGCAUGCAAAACGGGUUGAUCGCCAGCAAUGGUAAGGCGUCUGAAGAUACCAGCGAUGAGUCCGGCGGUGAUGAUAACGGGGAUCAGUCGGUGACUGUAAUGAAGAAUCGCGUGAUUAAUGGCAACUACUUUAUGGCUCAGUCGUCGCGUCCGAAGACCUCGAAGAAUGCGUUCACAAAAGUGAUGCAAAACUUUGAUUUAAGCGAAUCCGCGAUCAAAGAGAUCAUCGAAAGACAAUUCGCGGACCAAAGGAGACAUUUAAUCGAUACUUAUAUUAACAACAAUUGCUUCGAGGAAUGGUUCCAGUUGUUGAAUUGUGGUUUCAAUGCUUUGGUCUACGGGUUGGGCUCUAAACGAAAGCUAUUGGAUCUGUUUGUCGCUCACUGUCUUCAAGAGGAACACCAUAUUGUGAUCAAUGGCUAUAACAAUGAGAUAACUGUCAAGAAUAUAAUUAAUGUCUUGAAUGAAGUCAUCAGUGAAUCCAUUUUCGACGAAAUGAAACUAAUCGACAGAUUAAAGGACAUCGACUUUGAUCUCUAUCUAGUGAUCCAUUCCGUAGACUUCCUAUUCGCCAAUAACCCCAAAAUGAAGUCACUGUUCAGUCAAAUGGCUGUCCACUGCCAGCGUCUGCGGUUCAUAGCGAGCGUCGACCACAUAAACAGCGGUCUCUUGUGGUCGACCACUGAAUCCAAUGCCUAUAAGUGGUUGUGGUUUAACGCGCCGACGUAUGAGUCGUAUACGAUUGAGAAGGCGUUCAGCACCGGGCUAUCGAUGCUGAGCGGGUCCUCCAAGAGUUGGCACCAGUCGCUCACCUACUCGUCCGUCAAACAUGUCUACGACUCGCUCACGAGUAACGCACAGAAAGUAUUUCUAUUGAUUUUGGGCUAUUAUGUGGAAAGGGAUGCCGCGAACACUGGGUUCGCGUUCAGCGACUGCUAUAGUCUUUGUCGCGAAGAGUUUUUGGUCACAUCGGAGCUGACACUGAGGGCACAGAUCAGUGAAUUCAAAGACCAUAAGCUCCUGAAGUGCAAGAAGGGUGCGGACGGAGGGGAAGUCAUAGUCGUCUGCAUUGAUAAAAGUAUUGCUCAGAAAUUCAUUGAAAGUCAUCAGUAAAUAGC